GUGAGGACUUCCGGCUCGCGCCGCCGCGACUUCCGGUGCGGAAGCAUGGCGGAAGCGCCGCGCGGGCAGGGAGAAGCCGGGACUGGCUCCUCCGAGCUGGAACAGUUCCUGCAGCGGCACCCGAGCUUGCGCGUCCUCCCUCCGGGGAAAAAGGUCCGCUGCACGUUAACCGGUCACGAGCUGCCUUGCCGAUUGCCUGAGCUGCAGGCUUUUACAGCUGGGAAGAAAUACCUGCGUUUGAGCAAGGCCCCAGGUGUCUUGGACUACAGCGAGUACGAACCGCACAUUGUGCCCAGCACCAAAAACCUGAAUCAACUUUUCUGCAAACUGACCCUGCGUCACCUCAAUAAGAUCCCGGAGCACGUUCUCCGUCAUGUCCAAGGCCGGCGUUACCAGAAAGCGCUUCGACGAUAUGAAGAAUGUCAGAAAGAGGGGCUGGACUACGUCCCGGCUUGCCUCUUGCAGAGACGCCGACGGCCACGGCAAGACACGGGCAACGGCUUUUGCGAAGGGAAGGGAAAGCCGAGAGGGGGAUUCUGGGAACCUCCCGCCAGUGAUGAAGGGGGCAAUGAAACCGAGGACAGCCUGAGUGACUUGUACCCGACUGAACUGUUCCCAGAAAAAAAUGCUGCAGGCAAAGAGACCCCCCACGAAAGUAUGAGCGACAGUGACGAAGAGCCCCUGAGGCCGGUGGUGGAAAAUGGCAGCCAGGUUGAAGCGGUUGAUUCUCAGACAGCCACGAAAAGGAGAAAGAAACAAGUCAGCCCUCAAAAGAAGAAAUUCAAAAAGUGGAACAGAAAAUCUAAAAAGCUUCGGAAGAGCCAUUAACAGGAACUCAAGUCUUUCUGAUGGGUCAAGCUCCAGUUUGUCUGUGCGGCGAGAAGACUAUCAUUAGAACUCAAGCAUGUUGCAUUUUAUUUAAGCGUGGUCCUUUUUGGGGGGGGGGUGUAAAAUUGUAUACAUGUCAUUGUUCUUCGUUUAUAUAAAGUUGUUCCAACUCUACUGCGUUCCUGAAUUCUUCACUUCGACAGUCAAGGGCAAAAUUGCCACAAGGAAAUCCGUUUUGUCAGAACCCCAAAUUUUUAUUCAAUUGUUAAUUCUGUUCGCCUCUAGGCAGCGAAUAAUUACAGAUAAAGGCCAAACAAUACUUGUUUUUCUAAGAUAUUUCUUAGAAAGAGGGAGGGGGGAACAUUGCUCCUUUAAAAAUUGUGAUAAACAAGAGCCCACCUUAAUAAAAACCAAGCAACUGCCUGGUUUCUAAGCUAAAAGUUGUGUGUUUGUCCUUGAACUUGGAAAAGGCGCCACAAAAUAUUUUUCAGUUUUAAAGUCCCAACUCUGCCUUCCAGCACAAUCAGAUUAGAGGUUUGAAAACUUUUGUGCAGUAUAAAAUAUUUGGAGCAGUGAAAGGUCACUAUGCCGAGCAGCUGAUACCAGGGAACGCUGAAGCAGGAGAUAAAUUAUAGACAGUCCUCAACUUACGACAAUUGGUGAGACAGUUAAGCAGUUAAGACAGUUGCCCCAUCUUACGACAUUUCUUGCCAGUGUUGUUAACGGCCGUUGUUAAAUUAGUCACACGGUUAGGUGAAUCUUGACUUUGCUAGUCAGAAAGUCACAAAGGGAUCACGUGCCCCCUUCCCCCCCCCAGGACGCUGCAAUCGUCAUAAAUGUGAGUCAGUUGUCAAACAUCCGAAUUUCGAUCACGGGACCACGGGGAUGCAGCUAAGGUUGUAAGUGUGAAAAAUGGUCAUAAGUCCCUUGUUUCAGGGUAACUUUGAACAGCCACGAAGUGAACCGUUGUAAGUUGAGGACUUCCUGUAGUUCCAUUUCUGGCUAACACAGUUGAAGCAAGAUGAAGCAUCCAAUUGACUCUGAAAGUAAUUUUGAUGUCUGCUCAGGGGAGCCAUCGGUGGCAGCUCACUUUGCAAAGAUCUUGUUCAGAAUCAAAUUCACAGCUUUGAAAUACAGCUUGACUCACAUUUAUGACGGUGGCAGUGUCUCGGGGUUGUGUGAUCUCCUUUUGCGACCCGACAAGCAAUGGAGAAGCCAAAUUCACUUAACCCCCACAUUACUAACUUCACAACUGCAGUGAUUCAUUUAACAACUAUGGUGAGGAAGGGCAUAAAACGGGGCAAAAUUCAUGUAAACUGUCUCGCUUAAUGACAAAUUUGGGGGCUGGGUUGUGGACGUAAGUUGAGGAUUACGAUACAUUUGUUGCAGGAAAUAUUCCCCGAGUUAAAAGUUGGCUGGAGAGACCCUGAUUUUGCUCCGACGUGUCACAGAAUGAGUAUUUUCCAGCGCUGCAAUAAUGUAAAAAAAUUCUCUUUUAACUCUUUCGGCCUAACCGUUAAGAUUUAUAACUUGGAUGGUCUGUUCUCCAUCUGGGAUGUGAUUUCAUUUAAUUAACAACUUGAGCGUCGACAAAAAAAAAAAAAAAAAACAAC